AUGAAGUUCUUUUCCCAGGCCUUACUGCUCGGCCUUGCAGCAGAGUCUACUCUGGCUAGCAGCUGGUUCAGCAAAGCUGUCUACAACAAAUGGCAUCAGACCGAGCUUGAGAGAUGGUUGUCGGAUCACGACAUCCCAUAUCCAACUCCCGCAGACCGAAAGGAUCUCGAGAACAGCGUAAAGGAUAACUGGCAAUCUAAAGUUUCAACACCAUACAACGACUGGAGUGUGGAUCAAUUGAACGCUUAUUUACAGCAAAAGGGUAUCCAAACCAAGGACGCUGCGAAUGCAAACAAGGAUAGCUUGAUCAGCUCAGUAAAGGGUGCUUGGUACGAGACAGAGGACAAGUCCGAGGAUGCUUGGACUAGUAUCAAGGACUGGAUUUUUGACAGCUGGACUGACUCCCAAUUGAAGGCAUUUGCCGACAAACACGGCAUCCCUGUCCCUCAACCAAGAAAGCGUGAUACCUAUCUUACAGCUCUCCGAAACAACUAUGAGACGGUCGCUCAAAAGGCUGGCGAAACCACCGCAUACCCAGGAAACUGGCUAUACUCUACAUGGGCAGAGUCUGACCUCAAGGAGUGGCUUGAUAGCCAUGGUAUUCCAGCUCCUCAGCCAACAACCCGUGACAAGAUGAUUGCCACCAUUCGCCGAAAUGCUCGUGUUGCAAGCUUGAAGGCAUCUGACACCCAAGCCUCAGCUUCCAAGUCUGCUGCCGCUGCCUCCCAAACUCUUUCUGACAAGCUACUCGAUUCAUGGAGUGAUUCUCAGAUCAAGGAGUGGGCCGACAAGAACGGUAUCAACGUUCCACAAGGAAGCAAGCGCAAUGAGCUUUUGGCUAUUGCCCGCAAGCACCGCGCAAGCCUCACUGGUGACAAUGUCGUCGACUCAGCAUCCUCCGCUUUUGGAGCCGCUACAUCUAGCGCAGCAAACCAAUUUGCCAAGGCAACUGACAGUGCAUCAUUGAAGGCUUCUGAUCUUUUCAACUCUGGUAUCUCCACCUGGAGCGAUUCUCGCUUGAAGGCAUUCUUGGAUGCCCGAGGUGUACCAGUCCCACAAAGCGGAAAGAAAGAUGAUCUCAUCGCUGCUGUCCGUUUGAACCAGCACAAGGCUGCCACUGGAUGGUCUGCCUGGACCUUUGACACAUGGACUAUCGAGAACCUCAAGGCUUACCUUGCUUCCAACGGUGACAAGGCCGCCAAGAAGAUCGGAAACCAAGCAGGUGCUACCCGUGAACAACUCAUGUCGGCUGCUCAGGACUCUUACGCAUCUGCAUCCAAGUCGAGCGGCCCAGCAUAUGCCUCAGUCACCUCAUACCUCGCCAAGCAGACCGAUUCCGCCAAGGACUCUGUUUUCGACACCUGGACUGAGUCUGAGCUCAAGAACUACCUUGAUAGUUACGGAUUCAACGUUCCCCAGGGGUCUACCAAGAACCAGCUCAUCGCCUAUGCCCGUAACCAACGUAACUGGUUCCAAUAUGGUUCCACCACUCCUUCAGGAACCCUUUAUGCUAAGCUUUCUAAUGCUGCCUCAUGGGUCAUGAGCCAGCUGAGCAUUGGUGCCUCAAAGGCCAACAGUGAAGCUCAAUAUCAAGGCCAAAAGGCUGCUGAUGCCGCCAAGGAGGGUGCCACUUAUGCUUCUAACAGAGCUGGAGAGGCUGCCCAAAAGGCUGGUGACAAGAUCAAGGAGGAAUUGUAA